AAAACUGAAAGUGUUGGACUAUAACUAAAGGGCAGCAGAGAGAAGGGGAGGAGAUUCAAAAAGAGAACAGCAGACAAAGGAGGUCUCUGAUCUGGAUCACAGCAAACACACAGAGAUGCAAUGCCUCCGAGAUCAGGAUGCUCUCAUCCCUCAGCCUCGUGGGAAUUUUCCUAAGGUGUGUGCUGCGGGGCUGGCUGCCAUAACAACAGGAGGCAUCGUGUUUUUCUCUCCUGAAAGGUUAUUUGGCUGGGUUGCCAUGGUAAUACUCAUCCUGACCCUUGGCCCUCUGCUGCACGGGCUCUGUCUGCUGGCAGAGGAGAUGCUGUACCAUUCAAACACAAGGUAUCAAGGUCGAGGGCUGCUGAGCCAUGUGCUGCCAGCCUGUGGUUUGGGGGGGAAGACCCUGCUGGCUGCAGCACUGGCAAGCCUUCUGCUCUACCUGGCUGGACAUCCUCUGCCACACAAAGACCAAUGCUGGAAACUCCUCUUCUUGGCCUCAGUUCUUUAUGCGCUGUUUAAAAGCCUGGGAGUCCUGGGUCCGUCGGAGGUGGAGGUGUCCGACAUCUGUGAGGGGAGGAAGAUGAACGUGGCCCACGGCCUGGCCUGGUCCUUCUACCUGGGUUACUUGCGACUGGUGCUGCCGCAUUUGGAUGAUUCCAUCACAUCAUUUUGUGCCACUCAUUGGGCCAGCUGUCCCUUCCGGGGUCGCGGCUCCAGGAAGCUCCUAAUCCUUGUUCCUCUCAAUGCCAACAUCUCACAUAAGCUGGAAGACGAGGACGACAACAUCCGUUUUUAUGACAACCUCCCAAACAACGAGAUAGACAGGGCAGGAGUCCGGGGACGGGUCUACAAGCACAGCGUCUACAGAGUACUGGACGAGCAUGGGACGGCCCAUGAGUGUGUGGUGGAGUAUGCGACGCCUUUGCUGACGCUGUACAACAUGUCCCAGGAGAGCAGUGCUGGUUUUGGGGAGCCUGAGCGCAGGCAGCAGGUCCUGCUCUUCUACCGGACUCUGCAGAACAUCCUGGACCACUCGCUGGAGUGUCGAAACCGCUUCAAACUCAUCCUGCUCAAUGAUGAGAAUGAGGACGACCCACACCUCCUGUCAAAGGCCAUCCUCAAACACCUGCAACAGCAGGAGAAAGAAGAGUUCUGCCUCACCCCAACUAGUCAACAAGAGAUAGUCCACCGAUUAUCGAGUACUUCAAGUGCCCCGCCAAGUGCUCCGCUCUCAAACGGUGAAUGGCACCAGCCAGAGCCAAUGAGCAGGGAGCCCACGCUCAUGUUCAGCCUGGAGAAGCCUCAGCCUCUGAAGGAACCUGUUGAGGACACCGACUAUUGCCAAUGAUCAAUAUUAACACAGACUCAGGCACAGAGAGAGAAGAACAUAGAUAAACCUCAACAACCACUUUCUGUCAUACUAUAUUAUUUAGGUUUUUUUUUAGAUUAGGUGUUAAAGAUGUUAGUACAGCUCCUGACAUUUCAUUUCAUUCAUCAGAGUUUUGUACAUCGACCCUUUGUGCAUGUCUCUGAAUUCAAAUCUGAAUAAAUUAAACUACAAACAUGUGCUUA